CCAAUAAAGAAGAAAAUGAACUACUUUAAAAUUCAGAUAGCCCAUGUUGUCACAUAUGCUAAACUGGCAGUGAUACAAAGAUGAGUGCUAUAUCUAUCUCUAUGGUGGAAAGUCGACGCCAAACAAGGAAAUGUGACCACGUAUUCUUUGUUGUGACGAUUUUGAGAAUUCGUAACAUUAGCGAAAUGGCAGAGUUACGUUUGGAUUUAGACAGUAAUUUACAGUAUGGCCCUUUUGGCAGCGAUUUAGCGGAUAUUUGCAUUGGCCAGGAUGGUGAAUGGGGUAGACAUCAACUUGUUUGAAGAACUUGAGAACCUAAGUGAUGCAGAGGAACUCCUUCAAGAAUUCGAGUUCACACCACGUGAUGAAACAGCACUGAAAGAGGUGAAUGACAUUAAUCUGUUACAAUGGAGAUCCUUCACCAGUGGAGAUACUGACGCUUGCUGCACAGGUGUUGGAGUUCCUGGGUCCUCCCUAUCACCUGGAUCAGCACUCAGUGAUACCUCCUCACUGUCACCACUGUCUCUGAAAGAGGAUGCCGUGUCUGUGCAGCCUUUGCCGACAAUGCUCACUCCUGGAAAGAAAAUGCACAAGUGGGUCAGCCAAUCUCCCAGAGCCAAGCCUACCAAGCGACCUGCCCACCCACCCCAGAGGGUGUCAAUCCAGCCCAAACCGCCCCCCUCUGUCCCUCUAACACAGCCUGUGGCCCCUUUUCUCAAAACCAGGACCAUUGUCAUCCAGCCCGUUAGCCUACAGACUGUGGUCUCAGUGGUCAAGGCACCACCGCCUGUGACCGUCCAUGCUACUGCCCCCUCUACUGUGGUUCACACAAUGCAUCUCAAGCCGAAACAGGUGAUUGGACCCCAGAUCACUUCCCCAGCCCCUGCCUUCCUCGCUGUCACCAACCAGGUGGUCACCAUGCCAACUGUCCCCCAUGUUACCAUGGGGACCACUGCCCUCACUGGCCAUGCCCAUCCCAUGACGGUGACCUAUCACAGCACAGCAGUGAAUACUGAGGCGUGUGUGGUGCGGCGGCAGCAGAGGAUGGUGAAGAACCGUGACUCGGCCACGCUCUCCAGGCUGAGGAGGAAAGAGGCCCAGCAGGCUCUGGAGGCCCGUCUCAGGGUGGCACUGUGUGAGAACCAGAGGCUGCUCCGGGAGAACGGAUCCCUUAGGACCCAGCUGGAUGGACUUCUCACGGAGAACACUGUUCUGAAGGUGACGGCUCCAAAGAGACGGGCUGUGUGCCUUAUGGUCGUCCUGGUCUUCUUCGUGCUCAACACGGGUCCCAUAAGUGUGUGGGAGUCAGAGGCCAGCAACUCCAGCCUGUCCACUGGGAAGCCACAAAGCAGCCGACAUCUGCUCAGCUUCUCCCCCGACCAACAACAGAGGCGAGGGGAGGAGACACCAGACCCCCAGUCCCCACUGGAGCCUCUGGAUGCCCAGUACCCACAAUCCCACCAAUCCCAGGACAGGUGGGAGGAUUAUACCCCAGAGGAGAUGGCACUAGCUGUGGUCAAGAAGGAGUCUCUCCUGUUUGGGUCACCCUCCUCGCCCCCCUGCCAACCCCACUCUCCUGUCUCCAGGUCCAAGUCUCUCCGUCUGACUCAGAACUUGCGAGGCUGGGUUCAUCGACACGAAGAGGAGAGAACCAAGUCCACACGCUCUACCACUGAUCAGUCCAGACAUACAACAACAGAUCAGCACACAACCAAAACUGUCCUGAAGUCACCUGAGGAGAGACCCCAGACGAACCAGUCCAGUAACUCGGUUGUAACAGUCCGCUACUCUGAUAGGCCAGGGAGUGAGGUUCAGGUGUACUACUCACGCCAUCAAAGCUACAGGGACUUCUUUGAUGAGUUAAAUCGACGAGGCGACACAUUCUACGUGGUGUCCUUUCGCAGGGAUCACCUUCUGCUCCCUGCAACUAACCACAGCAAGGGGAGCAGGCCAAAGAUGUCCUUGGUGUUACCAGCUAUUAAUGUGAAUGACUCUGUCAUCAAGGACGACACAUUUGAGGUGAUGAUGCAGAUUGACUGUGAGGUCAUGGACACCAAGAUCCUCCACAUCAAAACCUCCAGCAUCCCAGAGAUCCUACGCGCCAACACCACUGACUUCCAAUCCACCCAUGCCAACGGAAAGGCAUCAGCAUCGGUUGGUGUUCUAUCAGACUCUGCCUGAAAUUGGCCUUACCUAAAAGGCCUGGCAAUCUAAAAACCUAUCAUUUUACCAACAUUUUGGUGUAUUUAAUAAACUGUGACAGAAAAGUAGCCUUGUCUUCCUCUUUGGAAAUGCUUAGCAUCAGAUUUCGCACAUCCUCUGUCUUCCACAUUCCAAAAGUCCCUGUGCCUCAAAUGUUACAAAUCUAUUAAGACUUCUUAAGAAGUUGUCCAGCAACUGUUUACUUCCAUAUUGCUUAGUUUAGAGCAUCUGGUUCAGGUUAAAUGGACAUAAUGACAGUGCACGCAUCUACUGUAGGUCUUUAGGUAGAAUAAAUAGUGGACUUAAAGUUGAACCCUUUGGUAACCUUCACUGUCUUGACCCUACUGCUAUAGCAUUCUUUUAGAUGAGCAAAAAUUGAACUAAAUUGAAAAUAGCUUAAUACAAAACAUGAAUUGAUUCUGGACCCUAUUGAUGGAAUUGAGCCAUGUUAACAAGAUAUAUUGCACAUAUUUAAAAGUGAAUAGACCUACCUAUCCUGUGAUAUUAUGCUUGUUGCUUUUUAAAGCCAUGUUGGUGACUGAGCAAAAUGAGACAUUCAAACAAUUAUACGCAAGACUCAUUUGUAUAUAUCAUACAAACAUCAUGUGAGAUGUGGCCAUUAUUUGCAUUAUUUGAAACGUGUCAAAUGAGGGUGUGAUAAUGACCUACUUUUGUUUGAGUCGCUUCAAGGUUUGUCAUGGUAUUUGCAGUACCUUCAAAAGGGUUUUCAGAAAUAAAACCAUGGACAGUAACAAGUCCUAGUAUUGA